AUGCGGCGUUCAAAACGUCUUGAUCUUGUUGAGUUUGAUCCGGAGAUUGAACAAACCUUUCAUCAAAGACGUCGUGAACAAAGAGCAAAAAGGGAACAACAACAAAGCACAAUGGACGACAACGAAAAUCAGCUUGUUCAAGUGGAGCGUACUGUUGAGAUCAAUGAGAGAGAUAUCUUGAUGGGAGAUUUCAUGAUGCCUCUAGUCGUUGAGAACCGGUCGAGCAUAGUUUAUCCUCCAUAUGGGCACGAUAACUUUCAGUUGAGAUCGGAUGUGAUAAAUUUGUUCUCCAACAACAUUCCAUUCUAUGGGAGAAUUGAUGAAAAUCCACACUACCAUCUCUCUCGGUUUCUAGAGUAUUGUGGUAACUUCAAAUAUCAAGGGAUCAACGAAGAAGCAAUGAGGAUGCGACUUUUUCCCCAUACUUUGAAAGACAAAGCUCGAGAGUGGUUGGAUUCGCUAUCACCUGGUAGCAUCACUACAUGGGCUGAUUUGGUUCACAAGUUCACACUUAAAUAUUUUCCACCAGCCAAGAUCAGCAAAUUAAAGCAUGAAGUUUCGACUUUCCAGCAAGCUGAAAUUGAGAACUUUCAUGAAGCAUGGGAACGGUACAAAGAAUUGCUAAGGAAGUGUCCAAAUCAUGGGUUUUCUUUACCAGCUCAAAAUCACUAUUUCUAUGCCGGGUUAACUCCUUACAGCCGUUCGGCGGUUGAUUCUACAACAGGUGGUUCCAUUAGAAACAAAUCGGCUGGAGAGUUACAUGAUCUUUUUGAAACAAUGAGUGAGCAAUUUGUAAUGUGGCUGGAUAGGAGUUCAAAUAGGAGAGCAGUUGGAGUACACGAAGUGGAUAUGAAUACAUUGAUGUUGGCCAAGAUUGAUGCUCUUUCAAAACAGAUGGAAAACUUAAAAUACUCUCCAUCAGUUAACAUGGUGCAAGGAUCUCUUCCAGUUUGUGUAACUUGUGGGGCAAACCAUCUGUCAUCCGAAUGCCCAUUGACCGUUAGGGAUCAUUCACUCACAGAGCAGGCUACGUAUGCGCAAAAUUUCCCACGUCAACAAAAUUUCCAGCGUCCACAAAAUAAUCCAUAUUCUCCAACAUACAAUCCCGGCUGGAGAAACCAUCUAAAUUUUUCAUAUGGCAACAAUCAGGGAAUUCAAAACCCACCAAAGCAAGGAAGACCGCAUGAGGAAAAAGGAGGAUGGGAAGCAGCAAUUUCAAAACUUCAAGAACGAAGUGAGCGGACCGAUGCAGCCAUAAAAAAUAUAGAGACUCAAAUUGGGCAGUUAGCCAAAAUUCUUACUGAGAGGUAA